AGUCUUCUUACUUAAACUUUUUAGAAUGCUACCGUUGACUCUAGAGACCAAGGGAAACGUCAUAUUCCUUUCGGCAUUGUAUGGGUGAGCAUCCGGCAGUAUCGAGAACAAUCGCUCUGUGUUAGGAACGAACGCCUAUCGGCCAUGUUGGGACGACGAAACAAAGGAGCUCAUUGUUCACCACUACCAUACAAACUACUCGAGAGUUCGAAUCAACGUCCCUUGUUGCGUUCCCUUGUUGCGUUACUAGCGCAACGUCCACGAACAAUAACAGGAGGAUCCUAAGGCAUACAUAGCACCGUCGGCCAGCAAUUUUGCGGAGCGGAUCUAUGUAAAAUUUGGCAUCUUGUUUAUAUUCACCUAUUCCAUACAGCCAAGUUUUGUUAACUAAAACAGACGAAUUCGAAGUAUUAGGAGAGAAAUUUGACAAAAUGAGUAUCGAUAUUCGAGACUUGUCGGAUGCCAAUGUUAAUAGCCUGACGAGACUUCUUUCCCGACGCCCGGAGUAUGGCAUCGCAAUCCCGUCGAGGAGAUGGCUUACUAGGCAAGAAGAAAAGCUCAAGUCUCUUCCGAGCGAGCUACUCCGUACGUCGAAUCCCCUAAAACGCCUCGUCAUAAAAAUUGCCGACAGCAUCGACCCAAAUGCGAUAGACCCGAGAGCUGUCCUGUGUAAAACCCACGCGAAUCUAAACCCCUUCCUUAUCCGCCGCUUGUUCCUAGCCGUCGCUUACGAGGUCACCGUCCAUACCGACACGCUCCGUUCGUGGAAAGGUAGAAAGGAUUUCCCAAUCAUAUCUGCUCUGAUCGGGCGUGUAGAUGCUAUUGCUGCCCUUUGGACGCAACCCGAUUUAUACCGCGAAUGUUACGGAACACCACCCUUUGAGAAUCACAUGGUAUUUGUCAAAUCUGGUUGUGAAGCGUGUAUCAUAAGUGCUUUAGGUGCCAAUGCCCGCGUACUCGCGGACUUGAGGUCUAUUCUUGUCGACCGAAUAGAGAGACGCUUGCCUCGUCCAGACGGUCGCCCAGCUAAGGAACCUAGGCUUGCUCGUUAUGUUGAUGAAUGGAUUAACCACCUUAAGGAAGAGAGAGCGGCCAAAUGUAGGGAAAUGAGUGACAACGUAUUGACAGAACUGAGGGCUACGCGGUCCCAGGUCACCCAGUGGCGAAGUAAGCGAAAAAAGGAAGGCAGUAGAUCUAAAGGCGCCAGAAAACCGAAUUAUAUCGAGUUGAGGAUUACAGGUUCGGGACAUGAGCUGAGCAGCAUUCCGGGUACUUCACGGCAUAAGAGAAGAACGAGGAAUGGUAUCCCGGUGGCCAUGGUUGACCCAGAGGGCGCGGAAGAGCAAAGGAGAAUGGCGAUGUUCAGCAUGACUAAAGAAGCAGAAGGGGCAAAGAGCAUCUUCAGGCCGGACAGCAUGUGCGACUAUUCACAGUUUGGACCACCGCGGAUGCCUGCGUACGAUCCGACAAACUCGAUCAACGGAAGACAAAACGACACGCCUGUUAGUGGUAAUUACGACACAUACGAAGAUUACGAAGAGGACGAAGAGGACGAAGACGAAGCAGACUUCGCUCGAAAUCUCGAGGUUGAGGAAAGUAGCCAUAGCAAAGUGACGAAUUGGUACGCUACGCGGCUGGCAGAGUCCCGGGCAGAUUUAUCGGCGGACGACACUAGAUCGGUCUUGUCUGCGGUCCAUCCAGCAUUCCAGCCACCAAAAACGUACAGCCACUUGUCGGCUGCUCCAACACCGCUUAGGCCCAAGAAGGAUCAUCAGUCCAGCGUGAAACAUAACGACAAUCAGAGCGCCUGGACCGAUGUCACAGUACAUACGAUUCCCAGCGCCGUCGGCUUCGAACAAGACGUGCCACCCGUUCCGAGAGUUCCUUCAAUGUACAACGGUGGGUACAGCGGGCAUAACGACAUCAGGAGAUCAUCAAGCGUCCGUACGCCCAGGCCCCGAUCCACGGUCUCGAAUCGCCCCGUAAGCCAAGACUUUCGACGAUAUGCGAGCUCCUCAGUGUACUCUGACCAACCCCCACCCUCACCCAGCCCUUCUUACGACAGUAGACUUCGAAACUCGAACCGAAACUCGACACCGGUACCGGCAAGGCAACCAACUAGGAAGUACAUCUUUAACGAUGCAUCAGAAGGAGGGUCGUGCGUCUCUGCGGGCCAGAGAGAGUACCUCAAGACACGCAAGGGCAUCAAGGACUUCGCCCGCGAGGACAACCCGUUCACACGCGAGAACACGCCACGCCCGAGCGCGAGUACAAGCACAAGCAGGGUGCCUUCGUUGUCUUCGUCUUCGUCUCGCAGGAACACAGUUACCGACACCGAUCCCGGUACUGAUGAGUUCGGUCCGCCGACCCCGCGGCCCCUUGACGAGGCGUGGCGCCAGGACUGGGGCUUUCCGGAGGGCGGGGAGUACGGAGAUGAUGACACGGUAAUGCCGGACGACUCGCUGACGGUGGUGGCGGAGCAGCGCGCACGCAACGGGAUAGAGGAGAUGUCGCCUUGGGGACAAUUCGCUAGGAAGGGGCAGAGGUAAGGAGGCGCGUACUAUAUUGAUCCGCUGAGCUAAAGGGCUCUGCGGAGUAUAUACAAGAUAGAAGUAUGGAUGUCUACUUGAUAUAUGGCGGAAUCCGGGAUAGUCCCGUUCUAGGCUUCGGUGCUCCCUUUUCGGGAAGAAGUGAUUCUGCCUGGUAGUACUGCUGGUAACGCCAUUGUUUGA